AUGUGGCUGCCUCAAUCGCCCUCCAAAUCCCAGUUGUCUUCUCGGUUGAUAAACCUCGUCAUAAUCUCAUCUUCUGUCUUCACGAUCUUUCUUCUUGUGUCAUUCUUCCUUGUAUUUACCAGCUCCAAGCUUGCACAUAUCAGCUACUUAUCUCAAGAUGUGUACUCCUCGCCUCCAACCUCUCUUGAGCACAUUGUGUUCGGGAUUGCUUCGAAUCAGAAGUCGUGGUCAGCUAAGAGGAAGGAGUAUGUCAGGCUCUGGUGGAAGAACCCCAUGAGGGGAUGCGUGUUUCUUGAAAGCCUUCCACCUGGUCACGAACAUCAUGCCAAUGAUACUUCUCUUCCUCCAGUAUGUAUCUCGGAGGACACUUCCCGAUUUCGUUACACUUACAAAGGUGGCCUGAGGUCUGCUAUCCGUGUGGCACGCGUUGUUUCGGAGACCGUGGCACUCAACCAUUCGAAUGUGCGGUGGUAUGUUUUUGGGGACGAUGACACGGUUUUCUUUCCGGAGAAUUUGGUGAAGACACUUUCUAAGUAUGAUCAUAGGCUGUGGUACUACAUUGGGACAAACUCAGAGAUCUAUGAGCAGAACAGAAUUUUUGGAUUUGGAAUGGCUUAUGGUGGUGCUGGUUUCGCUAUAAGUUCCCCUUUGGCAAAAGCAUUGGCAAAGGUGUUUGAUUCAUGUAUAGAAAGAUAUCCUCAUCUGUAUGGAAGUGACUCUAGGAUCUCCUUUUGCUUGGCAGAGCUUGGCAUUGGCUUAACUCAGGAGCCUGGCUUCCAUCAGAAUGAUAUUCAUGGAGAUACAUUUGGUCUGUUGGCUGCGCAUCCACUAACACCCUUGGUAUCUCUGCAUCACUUGGAUCACAUAAACCCUAUCUUCCCCAACAUGACAACUAUCAAGGCUCUGCAACAUUUGUUUAAGGCUGUGAAUGCUGAUUCUCAGAGGGUUCUACAAAAAACAGUUUGCUAUGACAGAUGGUUUUCAUGGACCAUAGCAGUGUCAUGGGGUUAUGCUGUUCAAAUUCAUGGAAACCAUAUCCUUCUGCCGGACGUCCUCCCCGUGCAAGAGACGUUCAGCCAGUGGAAAAAGGGAAAUGUUCUGUCAGGAGCUUAUACUUUCAACACAAGAGAACAUCACAAGGACCCGUGUCGGAGACCCGUUGUUUUCUUUCUGGACAAUGUGUCCUCUGCUGGGGAUGGGAUCAAGAGCAUCUACAAAAAGUCCUACGAAAAUUGCACCUCUGACAUGGGUUCGCCGAGGAAGCUGGAGGAGGUCAGAGUGUACUCACAUAAGCUAGACCUUGAUAUCAAACAGUUGCAGGCUCCAAGAAGGCAUUGUUGUGACAUAUUACCUUCUACAGGUGGCCAAGUGAUGGAUAUUGGAAUCAGAGAAUGCAAAGAUGAAGAAUUAAUAUACAUGCACCCAUAG